CGCAGAGCCUCCAGCAUUGGAGAUUCAAUUCGAUCACCAUUUUUCCAAACAAAACCCAUCACUACUUUCUCAUAAUUUCUUUUUCUUUCUUUCUCGAAUGCCAUUCUUUCCGUUUCAAACACAAACAAACCUCUAAUUGGUUGGUUUGUGUAUGAAACGCUUCCAAAAUUCAUCAUCUUUUUCUUUCUUUGUUUCUUUGAAAUUUCAGGUACCAUUCCAAUCAUUUGCUUUCAGGUAGAGAUUCUUUUACAGAAACUUUUUUCCCAUAUUGCAAUAAUAAAUUCUUUGCAUAAAAGUGUCACAAUGUUCGGGUUUAUGAAAUCACCUGCUAAGCAAAAAUCAGUGGACCCUGGAAACUCUUACAAUUCAGAUUCUGAAGAUUCUAAGAGCAGCACUCUUACCCCUGCAAGACGAACUUCGUCUGAACCUAUACCAAAUGUUGACAACCACUAUGGUUCUUCUGCCUCGAAAGACAGAUACAAGAACGAUUUUCGUGAUUCGGGAGGGCUAGAGAACCAGAGUGUGCAAGAGCUAGAGAAUUAUGCUGUGUACAAGUCUGAGGAGACAACUAAGAGUGUUAACAACUGCCUCAGGAUUGCCGAGGAUAUCAGACAAGAUGCGACGAAGACCCUUGAAAUGUUGCAUGAGCAGGGUGACCAAAUCACAAGGACUCAUAAUAUGGCCGUUGAUAUUGAUAAGGAUUUGAGUAAGGGUGAGAAACUUCUAAACAAUCUUGGGGGUAUUUUCUCCAAGCCUUGGAAGCCAAAGAAGACCAAAGAAAUCAAUGGUCCUGUCAUAACAGGAGAUACUGCAUCCAGAAGCAAUGAAAACCACAGGAAGCAGAAGGAGAAGUUGGGAAUAGCUCCUGUACCCAAAUCAGCUCCUCGAACACCUCCUUCUGAACCCACAAACGCCAUGCAGAAAGUCGAGGUUGAGAAGGCAAAACAAGAUGAUGCUCUUUCAGAUUUAAGCAACAUUCUUGGAGACUUGAAGGGCAUGGCGAUUGACAUGGGAAGUGAAAUAGACAUGCAAAAUAAAGCCCUAGACCAUCUAUCUGAUGAUAUUGAUGAAUUGAACUCUAGAGUGAAGGGUGCCAAUCAACGCGCUCGCAAAUUGGUUGGGAAGUAAUUGUCAAUGAAUAAGCAGAGGGACCAAAAAAAAAAAAAAAAAGAAUUUCCAACCAAGUGGAUAUGGUUUGCUGCUAUACCAUUAUUUUUUUGUACCAAACAUAACGAUAAGAUUUGUAAUUUUUUCUUCCCCUAUUAAUUUUGUUUUUUGUUUUUAUAUUUUUAUGUAAUUCUUUCCCCUAUUAAAUUUUUGUUUGUUUGUUUUUUUUUUUUUUUAAUGCAAAAAUUUUUUCCUAUUGAUUGAGUAUUUUCAA